UCAGUGACAUUUGUCAAAUCAGGUGUUCACUUUUAUUUGUUUACUUCUUUGUUGUUUUCUGAAGAUUAGUACCUGAUUUAGGCCUUAUAAUUAACUUAAAAUUAUUAGUAAAAUCCUAGGUAAUAUUAGCUGCUAGUUGAUUAACUAUUCCAUGUAAAUCUAAGUAGCAUAACCUAAAAAUGGGUGACGAUACCAAAUCCGAGAGUUUACCUGAAAAAGUCGAGUUUAAGAAGCCCGUGCUCAUAGGACGCAUUGGUAAACUGCCCAAGAAAGCUAAAAAUGAAGCAGUGAAAGUUGUAGAAAGCAGAGAUUUGCCGAAAUCGAGUGAACAAAGCGGGCAUUCCGAUAGCAAGAGUGGUCAAAGUGACAACAAGAGAUCUUUACCGCCAGCGGUGUUGUUGAAAGAGCUGUCGACUCCUAUACCUUAUAAAGAACCUAAAUGGUCUGGGCUAGCUCCCGAUGGUUCCGAAUAUGCCUUGGAGGUGCUCAAAUCAGGGAUGAUUGUGGAUAAAGUGGAUCUCACAAGUAAACCAUAUUAUGUAUUUGGACGCCUAGCUAACUGUGACGUUGUUAUGGCCCACCCUACAAUAUCUAGACACCACUGCGUCUUACAAUACAAAGCGUUCGCCGAGGAAGGGGAGCAACCGUCCGGCUGGUACCUCCACGACCUGGGCAGUACCCACGGCACGUUCCUGAACAAGGAGCGCCUGAAGGCAGGCCACUAUACCAGGAUACGGGUGGGACACCAGCUCAAGUUUGGGAGCAGUACUCGGACUUAUAUUAUGAUGGGCCCAGACUUCGACAGCGAAGGGGAGUCAGAGCUAUCAGUGUCUGAAAUCAAGCAGCGCUCACUGAACAUGAAGUUGGAAAGAGACAGGAUGAUACGCGAGGACAGGGAGCAGAGGGAGAGGGACAGACUCGAAGAGGAGAGGAAGAGAGAGGAACAGGGCAUCGAUUGGGGGAUGGGUGAAGACGCGGAAGACGAACCGGACUUAACAGACAAUCCGUACGCCGUGACCUCCAACGAGGAGUUGUACCUGGAGGAUCCGAAGAAGACCCUCCGAGGGUACUUCGAGAGGGAAGGUCACGAUCUGACCUAUAACUGUGAGGAGAGAGGCAUCGGGCAGUUUAUGUGCAGGGUAGAACUCCCAAUCGACGAUGCCCGAGGCAACCCGGUCAUAGCAGAGGUAAUACACCGCGGCAAGAAGAAGGAAGCCGUCAUAGCGUGUGCUUUAGAAGCCUGCAGGAUAUUGGACAGGGCUGGUCUACUGCGGCAGUCGAAGCAUGAAUCCCGCCGCCGCAAACAGCGCGAUUGGAGCGCCGAUGACUACUAUGACUCCGAUGAAGACACCUUCUUAGACCGCACUGGCAAUGUUGAGAAGAAGCGGACGAAACGGAUGCAGAGACUCGGCGCUUUGGAGAAGGAGGAUGAUAAGCCGCUCACUUACGACGACUUGCUAAAACAAAUAACCGAAAUCGAGUCCAAGAUAUCUUUAGAAGAGAAGACGCUAGAACGCCUCCGUUCGGUCAGCAAGCCCCAACCGAAGGACGACGAAGAUGAACUGGACGCGUUCAUGAGUUCACUGAAGAGCCAAGGACAGAGCAUGGCGCAGAAGGCUGACAUAUCCAACACGAAGAUGCGAAUCCAGAAACUCAAAGCAGAGUUGACCAAAACACAGAGACUUGCUGAGCUGGCGCGACCGGCGCAUCUCCCGCCGCUUGUGAAGAAGGACGAGACCAAGAUGGCCGUCAAGAUGGCCGCCAACUCCGUUGUCUAUGGCAAGAGAAUACGUUUAAAAGAAGACGCCGAAAGAAAACCAAAAGCCAAAAAGUCUUCCAAGCAAGAAGAAGAAGAAUUCGUGGAAGAAGUUGACUCAGACGAGGAAUCCGAACAGAAACCAAACGAAAUAUCUAAAGAAGAAACAGAGAGAAUCAAAGAAGAAAAUAGAAUAGCUGAUACAAAAGAAAGUGAAGUAACGAAAAAUGAGAAGAAACAGAAAGAAAAUACAAAAGAAAGAGAUGGGACAACGAAGAAAGUGUACGGACCUAUGAGGCCGCCGGAAAAUUAUGUGAUUCCAGAGAGUUAUUUUGAUCAGGAGUCGGAUAGGGACUUGCCAGAGAUCAUGGAAGAUGAAACGGCAUAAUAUUAGGCUUUAGGUAUUAUAGGUGUACGCUUAAGUCAGUCAGUGAGGUAAGGGAGCGGCACGAGGAGUUUUCUCAUACGGGCACUUGUCAGUGGUCGUGGUUGCGCUGACAAGGUACAUGCACAAAAUAUAACAGAAGGUAAACUCCAUACUAAGCGCGCUCGAGCCACGCACACAUAGACACCGCUCACGUACGCGUUAUCAAGACUGUCUUGGACGAAUGCUUUUAAACUACCAGUUGCUUCCGGGAGGUAAGUAAGGUAUUUAUUUGUAUUUCAAUAGUUCGUUUAACGUUGACAAAUUGAAAGCCAACUCAAUUAUUAGGAAUAUCGAAUUGUUUUAAAGAGGUUUUAGGAAUUAUUGGAUAAUAGUGUCAACCACUCAACUACAUACUACUUCCUUCUCGUGUAUUUGUUUGCAAACUAUUACAAUAAUAACGUACUAAACUUAACUACAUAAUUAUACGUGGAUAUCUAUUAUUGUCUUUCUUCCGUAGUAUUAAGAGUUACAUUUUUCUAUCAUAACGAAAUAAACGCAACACAUGACAAGACAACCCUAGCGCGACAGCCGAGCGUGCGAGCGAGCGAGGUAUGCAAAGCGAGGUACAUACAUGAGUUUACCUUCUGUUAUAUUUUGUGGUACAUGGUAGGGUGAUGUCACCUCCGAGGGUAGCUCUCCUGGCGAUGUGCUUCCAUUUCUGACGGUUAGAGGCAUCGCGAGUACACUGGACCAUGGUGAACUCAGUGGCCUUUGUGAUGGCGUCUACGGGAGGAGUAACAUUGACAUAAUUAUUAUAGAUGACCCACGCUGAACUGUCCCACCAAACUCAAUGACAGGGGGGCGCUACCAUCGUUCAACUAUAUGGUUUCCAACAUGGCAAAAAUCUGAACCAGCGAUCCGGUAUUGACGGUGGCGCCCCACUGUCAAUGUCAUGCAUAGGACAGUUCAGUAUUUUGGAACUAUAGUCAUAAUUUCUGACGUAAUUUCAGAGGAUACAUUAUUAUUAACUGAAGUCUCACUAAACGUUUGACCUCUCAAAAAUACCCUCCCGUACCGUUCCUAUACCUCUAAUAGAUACCUAUAAUUAGAGCGAAUUUGUUACAAAAAAAAAACUAGGCUGUUGUGCUGUAUAAAGGUCCUCAAUGAGACAAGUUUGAUAUUUCUCAAUAAUGGAAUUUUUGUUUGCUAAAAACAACGUUAUGUUGUUAAUAUACACAAACAAUAGUUGGAAGUGUCACAGUGACUGUGAGUUCGGUGAUAGAUUUAAGCAAUAAAUUAUUGUAAGAAA